CCCCGCCGCGCCGCCCAGGGACCUGCUAUGGCCACGUCUAUACUUGGGGAAGAGCCGCGCUUCGGAACGACCCCGUUGGCCAUGCUGGCGGCGACCUGCAACAAGAUCGGCAACACGAGCCCGCUGACGACGCUGCCGGAGUCGAGCGCUUUCGCCAAGGGCGGCUUCCAUCCCUGGAAGCGCUCCUCGUCCAGCUGCAACCUCGGCUCCAGCCUCUCGGGCUUCGCCGUGGCCACCGGCGGCCGCGGCUCAGGCGGCCUGGCAGGCGGCUCUGGCGCAGCCAACAGCGCCUUCUGCUUGGCCUCCACGUCCCCCACGUCGUCCGCUUUCAGCAGCGACUACGGCGGCCUCUUCUCCAACUCGGCGGCGGCCGCGGCGGCGGCGGCCGGGGUGUCCCCGCAAGAGGCGGGCGGCCAGUCGGCCUUCAUCUCCAAGGUGCACACGACGGCGGCCGACGGCCUGUACCCGCGCGUGGGCAUGGCGCACCCGUACGAGUCGUGGUACAAGUCAGGCUUCCACUCUACGCUGGCGGCGGGCGAGGUGACCAACGGCGCGGCAUCGUCGUGGUGGGACGUGCACAGCAGCCCAGGCUCGUGGCUGGAGGUGCAGAACCCCGCUGGGGGGCUCCAGAGCUCGCUGCACUCGGGCGCCCCCCAGGCCUCGCUGCACUCGCAGCUCGGCACCUACAACCCCGACUUCAGCUCGCUCACGCACUCGGCCUUCAGCUCCACGGGCCUCGGCUCCUCGGCCGCCGCCGCCUCGCACUUGCUCUCCACCAGCCAGCACCUGCUGGCCCAGGACGGCUUCAAGCCGGUGCUGCCCUCCUACUCGGACUCCAGCGCCGCCGUGGCGGCCGCCGCAGCCAGCGCCAUGAUCUCGGGCGCCGCGGCCGCCGCCGCCGGGGGGAGCUCGGCGCGCUCGGCCCGCCGCUACUCCGGCCGCGCCACCUGCGACUGCCCCAAUUGCCAGGAGGCGGAGCGGCUGGGCCCGGCCGGGGCGAGUCUGCGGCGCAAGGGCCUCCACAGCUGCCACAUCCCGGGCUGCGGCAAGGUGUACGGCAAGACGUCGCACCUGAAGGCGCACCUGCGCUGGCACACGGGCGAGCGGCCCUUCGUGUGCAACUGGCUCUUCUGCGGCAAGCGCUUCACGCGCUCGGACGAGCUGCAGCGGCACCUGCGGACUCACACGGGGGAGAAGCGCUUCGCCUGUCCGGUGUGCAAUAAGCGCUUCAUGCGCAGCGACCACCUGAGCAAACACAUUAAGACGCACAACGGGGGCGGCGGGGGCAAAAAGGGCAGCGACAGUGACACGGACGCCAGCAACCUGGAGACGCCCCGCUCUGAGUCCCCCGACCUCAUCCUGCACGACUCCGGCGUCAGUGCCGCCCGGGCGGCGGCGGCGGCGGCUGCGGCGGCGGCUGCGGCGGCGGCCUCGGCAGGAGGCAAGGAAGCCGCGUCUGGCCCCAACGACUCUUAG